AUGACUUCCUUCAUUAUUGACCUUUCCACUCAUGGAAAGGAAAUUAAAUACCUUUACGAUUCAAUUGUAGCUAAUGACCCAGAAAUCUCUUGGGCUGUUUUUAACUACGUUGGUGUUUCUUCAACCUUAAAGCCUUAUGCUCAUGGUGCUUCUUCUCUCCAAGAUUUUGUCGACGAAUUCGAUGACGGAAAAGUCCAAUACGGGUUUGCUAGAGUCAUUGACCCAAACACAAACCUCCCAAAGUUCGUCCUCAUUGGCUGGGUUGGUGAAGGUAUCCCAGAACGCGUCAAGGGUUACUUUAAUGCCCAUUUCUCAGCAAUUGCUAAAUACUUUCAUGGCUACCAUGUCCAAAUUACUGCUCGUUCCCAGGAUGACCUCUCAGUCCAAAAUAUUCUUUCCAAAGUUGAAGGUGCUUCAGGCGCAAAGUAUUCAGUGUCAAGAGGCGCAGUCCCAACAAAACCAAAAUACUCUGUUUCUUCAACAGGUGCCAGCGAGGAUGAUUGGGGUGACAAUGCUCCUCCUAUUUCAGAUGAUGGUAAAGUUACCAAGGUCCCCUCUGCUUAUAAACCCAUGAAGGUCGAUAUUGCUUCCAUCCGUGCCCAGGCUAAAGAACCAGAAUCUUAUUCGUCAAAACCUACGCCAAAUACCCAUUCAGUCGGAACAAACUAUACCCCUGUUGGUAAAGUUGAUAUUGCUGCCAUCCGUGCUCAAGCCAAGGAUAACCGUUUUAAUCCUAAGCCAGAGCCUCUCCAGUCAUCUUAUAAGCCAGUCGGAAAGGUCGACAUUGCCGCUAUCCGUGCUCAAGCCAAGGCUAGAGAAUCCAACAACGAGCCUAAAGAGAAAGAAGAUAAACAAGAACAAGAAGAAGAAGAAGAAGAAGUAAAACCCAAGAAUUUCAAUAAUCGUAUCAAGAAAUUUGGUAACUCUGUCAGUUACAAUGAAGAAAAAGAGGACGAAAAAGAAGAAGAAGAAGAAUAUAGACCUCUUUCUUUUAAAGAACGUCUCAAUGCUUAUUCCAGCAAUGCUGAACCUGUUAGCUCUUCUUCCAAAACAAAGCACUUGUCUUCUCGUUUUUCAAAGCCUACGGCUGUUGGUGGAACUGCCCCUCCUCUCCCCAAGAGUGAGUUUGGUUCCUCUUCUGCUCCUCGUGUCAUUGGAGGUGCCAGCAGAGAUUUUGGUUCUCAGGGGAACAAGACUCCUGCACAGAUUUGGGCUGAAAAGCAUGCUAAAAAGAAUGCUGUUCCUGUUGGUGAGUCUGAGUCUGAACGUGAACGUGAACGUGAACGUGAACGUGAAGUUGAGACUGAGCCUGAACAUGUCCACGUGUCGGAUAUCCGCAACAAGUUUGCACGUGAGGCGGAACAGGAAGCUGAGGAAGCUGAGGCCGAAAAGGUCCAUGAACCUGUUCAUGUUAAGGACAUUCGCAGUAGAUUUGCAGCUGCUUCAAUUGAUAAUGGUGAUGGUGAUGAUGAUGAGGAAGAACCUGAACAUGUGUCAGCUCAUUCAGCUCAGCCUGCCCAUAGCUUUGUUUCAGGUGCAAAGGCCAAGUUUGCUCAGAAGUUUGCUCAGUCCCAAGGUCCUGAAGAAGAAGAAGAGGAGGAAGAAGAAAAACCUAAAUUGCCUACCCGCAACUUGCCUCCCCCACCUGUUGCUACUUCUUCAAUCCCACCACCUCCUCCUAGACGUAUUCCAUCGCCUCCUGCUGCUGCUGCUCAAGAGGAAGAGGAAGAAGAAGAAGAAGACAUUAUUCCUCUUGCGCCUCCUACCUUGCCUUCCAGAGCUGUUCCUCCUCCUCCUGCUCCUGCUCAAGAAGAAGAAGAAGAAGAAGAAGAGGCUGCUGCACCUGCAUUGCCCACUCGCAACUUGCCACCUCCUCCUGCUCAAGAAGCUGCUAUUCCUAAACGCAACUUGCCUCCUGCCUUUGGUGCUCCAGCUCCAGCUCCAGCUCCAGCUCCAGCUCCAGCUCCAGCUCCAGCAGCUCCAUCUCUUCCCUCUCGUGCACCUGAACCUAGUUCUUCUUCUUCAGAAGUAGGACUUUUUUCAGCUCUUGUUUUAUAUGAUUACGUUGAGGAUGAUGAUAAUGAGUUAACAGUUAAGGAGAAUGAGAUUGUUAAGAUUCUUGAGUAUCCUGAUGAAAAAUGGUGGCUUGUACGUAACCAAUCAGGAGAAGAAGGACUUGUUCCAUCUGAGUUUGUUCAACAACUGAAACCUCCCUUUGCAAUUGCAGAAUAUGAUUACGAAGCUGCUGAAGUUAAUGAAUUGACAUUCCCUGAAGGCGCAGUUAUUUCAGGAAUUGAGUUUACAGAUGAUGAAUGGUGGAAGGGUAAUUAUUUCAACACGGUGGCGCUAUUCCCUGCCACGUACGUUGAGCUUAAGGAGAAUGUGGAGGAUUUGGUACAGCAUUAG